UGCUCACUUCACAGUCGUGACCAGAAGAACGAGCUGAGCUAACGUAAUCAUUCGGCUGGUCAAGUUUGUAACGGCAACGUUAAAAUAUCAGUGCAGUCAAAGGCUGUCGACAAAGGAAAGCCAGAAUAUCAUUCUAUAUUGAUACCCUUGUCUCAACUGUAAAAGUAAAAUUGUCAAUUUUUGUAAAGCUAGCUAGGUAACUAUAACACGUUAGGUAGUUCGCCUUACACUACAGCUAAUUGAUAUAUGCUAGUUAGCAUCACGUAGUUAGCCUGUGCUCUCCUUCGACAACCGCUCCCUGCUACGCACUGGCAGAAUGGCCUUAAAACGAAUUCACAAGGAGCUGAACGACCUGGCCAGGGACCCUCCUGCACAGUGUUCCGCUGGCCCUGUUGGAGAUGACAUGUUUCAUUGGCAAGCUACAAUUAUGGGGCCUAAUGACAGUCCAUACCAAGGUGGCGUUUUUUUCCUGACCAUUCAUUUCCCCACAGACUACCCCUUCAAACCACCUAAGCUAGCAUUCACCACAAGAAUUUAUCACCCAAAUAUUAACAGUAACGGCAGCAUCUGCCUGGAUAUUUUGAGAUCACAGUGGUCUCCAGCAUUAACUAUCUCUAAAGUACUUUUGUCCAUUUGUUCUCUCUUAUGUGACCCCAACCCUGACGACCCGUUAGUGCCAGAAAUCGCCCGUAUCUACAAAACAGAUACUGAAAAGUACAACAGAAUAGCCCGGGAAUGGACUCAGAAGUAUGCCAUGUGAUAAUCUGUCAUGGUCGUAACAACUUGCAUUAUAGAUGGAAUAAACUUUCAAUUACUGUAAUUCUUUUGCCCAUUCGGCCGCAAUCCCUUACCAUCAGCCAAUAACAGUAAUUAUAUUUUUCGCCCAUGCUCUUAACAAGGAAAAAUGUCUCCAUGGCCCCCUUCUUUCCAAAACAUGCUAAUUGAUCAGAACUCUCAUUGGAGCAUGUAUCUGUAUAAAACCAACCACAGCCACUUUGUGAAGAGCUCUUGAUUUCUCUUAAGUUCGCGCAGAAAGUGCCAACUAAAAGGAAUAAGGAUUCUCCAAAUGCCACAAUUUCUGUAUUGAGAGGAUCAACAUGGUGCAAUCACAUUUUUGUAAGAUUUGCCAAUAUCGUUAGAGAACUGAGGUCUGUGAAUAUUAUACACUUACUCUUAACUGUUUGAAUGGAGAAUUGCUGAAGUUAGCUAUAUCUGCAGUAAAUAAGGACAAACAUUUUAUGCAUGUUGAUAAGAUAAAUAAUUGGUUUAUGUGCUGCUGAGAAUGAAAAGAGUUGAGAGCAAACGUGUCCACUUUUUAAAGUUUCACCUUUUUUGUUAAUCCUUUUCCUUUUGUUUUUAGAACGGGAGCCAUUAGUUAAUCCAUCAUCCACAACACUGUUCUCGCUUUUGCACUGAAUACGUUAUUCAAAGCUCUAUGGCUGAUCGAUCAACUAAUAGCUCUGCUAUUUAAUGGUUACUUUUAUUUUUUUUCUCAAUAAAGUUGAACAAAUAACU